GUAAUUUUGCUUCAUUUCACUCUAAAACUGUGAGACUAAACGGGGACUUGUUUGGGUUUCAACAACAGCAUCAACAAGUUCCUGUGUGUGAACAUGGUGACAGUCGACAUGUUGCUGAUUGUCCUCUUUGUUCCAGGUGUUUUGACUGAUUGUCCUGAUGAAGCAGACCUCUCCAUAACUGCACCAAAGAAGCUGGAAGCACUGAGUGGAUCUUGUUUGCAAAUCCCAUGUAGCUUCAGACCCAAAGACGAACAGACAUUUAUCAGCACAAGUGAAACUUUUGGAGUGUGGAUUAAAAACAAUUCUGAUAUUAACAAAAUCAAAAACAAUGUGAUCUUCAACAGUAGUGGAGCAGUUAGCACCUAUCCAAUGAGUAUUACUGGGAACCUGAGUCAGAGAGACUGCACCACUCUGUUUUCUACUUUAACCACCACAUACACAGACACAUACUUCUUCAGAGUAGAGAGUGAACCAUUCAAGGCGACAGCUCAUUGUGAUCCUCUUCAAAUAACAGUCAGAGAUUCUCCUUGGAGGCCCAAUAUUACAAUCCCAGGUGAUCUGAAGGAGAAGGAGUCUGUCACUAUAACCUGCUCAGCUCUCACUCCCUGUCCACACUCCCCUCCUCAACUCACCUGGAAUCUCCAACAAGACUCUCACAACAAAACAGAGAAAAACACAGAUGGAAGCUUUACAACUAAAAUCCAGCAGAUCAUCACUCUGUCAGACACACAUGAUGGAAAGAAGAUCAGCUGCUCUGCCAGAUAUCCUGUGAACCAAGGAAACGACACCAAGACAGCAGAGACAGAAGAGACUCUCAGUGUUUCAUAUGCUCCUAAAGACACCUCAGCAUCCAGCAGUCCAUCAGGUUUAAUGUCAGCAGGCAGCUGGGUGAACCUGACCUGCUCCAGCAGAGCCAAACCUCCAGUCAGCAGCUUCACCUGGUUCAAGAAGAGCAGAGAUGGAGCUGUGAAAGUAUCUGAAGGAGAGAUUUACAGCUUCAAUGUAACAGAUGGAGGAGUUUAUUACUGUGUGGCCACUAAUGAUCUGGGUAAUCAGACAUCAGCAGAGCUUCAUCCAACAGGAACACAUCAGCCUUUAUCAUGGUCUGCUGUAGGAGGGAUCACUGGGAUCAUCUUACUCAUCUGUAUGGUUUUUGUGUUUUGGUAA